AUUAUGGUGUUUAUCAUGGAUAGAAGACGGAAAAAUGUUGAUUCAUUGAAUAAAUUUGGUACGUGCAGGUUCGAGUUUCUAUUGGAGCAGCAUGGAGAAGUUGUGGGAAGGUCUACGCCAAUGGAUGAGUUCGUUCCUGUGUGUUCUCAGUAUAUACACUAUGGACGAUUUGGUGUUGCACGACGUACUACGUUCGCGUACCCUGGAAGAGAAUUCCCCUGAGACGAGACACGGGGAAGAGGGUCGCGCACCAGGACUGCUCUCAUCGUGGCCCUUUCGUGAGAACAAGUGCGAAACAAGUGUCGCACAGGUUCCUACCACCUAUCUAAGCUGCAUUCAAAAAUAUUUCACAAUAGAUCUACAAAACUGAACGUACAAAAUCUGUUUCAAGCAGCCCUAUCUUCAUUGUAGCCACCAAAAAGCUGUAAUUAAGAAACGACUCAAGCUCAGUCUACUCACCCCUCACCAAGGAAGCGAGGCACUCAUUGUACCAAGGCAGCCGCAGAAGGAGCCAGGCGUAAACAUACGUAGGAUGGCUGAAGAGAAGCGUGGCUCUGGUGUCCAGCGGAAACGGCCUGCUCCGGAAUCGAUCGUAAAAUCGAGACCAGGGGAGAGGGCUGGCAUCAUCGAAUGAUAGCGUUCAUUCGGGCUGAUGGCUGUUAGGGAGAGGUCGCCCGACGAACCGGGGGUGGCACACCGACGGGGAUGAACACAGAGAUUCGGAGGGCGGCGACUGUUCUCUCAUCUAGCCGAGGGGUGGCACCGUGGAUCGACGAAUCAGCGCCCAGAGAACGUCAGACAGUGACCAAACCCGUUUCUCCGUAACCGACCGGCGGCCACACCCCCGGCGUGCACCCUCUCCGUCGGUUAUUGAAUUAAGCUUAUCAUUUGAUUUUGAGGAGACCCACCAGUCGGUCGUCUCGGGCUCUCUUAAGCGGGCCGAAAAACUUCUUUCUAUCCGCGGCUAUAAUCGCAAUAAUUUGAUAUCGCUGAUCCGAUUACGCGUCAUAAGCUGCUAUCGAGCAACCGGCUGCCGCCCGCGUCCCUUAGCUCUUGUCCGCGAUCAGAGAGAAUUACGUGACGCUGCUACCGUUACUUGUACACCCUGGCCUGCUGAUUAACCGAGAUUUCCACGACGGAAGAAACACGCCGCUGCUAGGGCCAAAAGCAACGCCGCGGCUAAGGCCCGGCUGGGGCCCUCAGUUUCUUUUCUUGCGACACUCUCGUCUUCUUUUUAAUCCUGUCUACGCUCAGAUCCCUCGAAUCUGCAUGCUGCAGUGAAUGGAAGAGCCAGCUGAUCCUAUUUAAAGUCGUGGAACUAUCAGGAUCAAAUCAGCCAACGACCCGGUGUGCUACUAAGAUCAGCCAGGAUCUACCAACAAUCAGAAGGAUUCAGUUUUAUGGGAUUCUGAUUGAGUGAAGAGUCAAGAUGAGGAAGAGAUAAGAGGAUUCGAUGAACUGUCCAGGUGUUCCGCGCUCAGUGCCCUCGUCUAUUCGCCUUUGACAAAGUCAGACACGCCUGUGGCGAAGGAACUCUGCACUUUUGUCUUGGAAUUUCGGUGCUUCGAGUGAACCAUGGAUUAUUCGUACUUGAACCAGGCGGCUGCCGCUGCGGCCGCCGGUUUCGAGGCUUCUAGCUGUGCUCUGGCUGCCAGUGAAAUGCAAUGUGGAUACGGGGACUUGAGUUCUUGCUCACAGAUGAGCCAAGCUGCUUAUCGUUACACGGCUGCGAGGGCUGCUGGCUAUCCAGGCAACGCGGGAACUACGAGUACAGGAAGCACCACGCCGCUGGGGGCCCAUCAUACCACCCACUCUCAUGCCCACGCGCACCACGGGGCCCAUGCAACCCCCUGCUCGGUAAUGGCCGCCAGAUCUCAAGAGGUCCACAGACACGCCGCCUCGAUCUUCCCGUCGGCCAUUAAUCUACAGAGUGGAUUAGGAUAUAAGGCUUACUCAGGACACGAUGGUUUAGCAGAGAAGAGAAAACAACGUCGGAUACGAACGACGUUUACAUCGGCUCAGCUUAAAGAAUUGGAGCGUGCCUUCCAGGAGACCCACUAUCCGGAUAUCUACACUAGAGAAGAAAUUGCCAUGAAGAUCGACCUGACGGAAGCUAGAGUCCAAGUAUGGUUCCAAAAUCGACGUGCGAAAUUCCGGAAGCAGGAGAGGCUGGCCCAGCAGAAGUCCACGUCCCAAAGCGGCAUAGGAGUAGAUAGCGGAGCUUCCAGUCCCGUAGGAGGCAACGUGAAGGCAGAAGGUCGUUCUCCAAGAAGUCCAGCGACGCCACCAGGCAGCUCGAACAGCGUGAUGUCUACGAACGAGGCGAAACCAAUUCCGAAUCCGAAUCUCGUGAGCGUGAAACACACCAGCGACACGGCUACGGAAGGAAAUUCACCCAACACACGAGGAAGUAACAGCGGCGGAGGAACAUGGGGUUCCUGUAGCCCCAGGCCCUUCUCUGCAGCGCUACCACCGUAUUUAUUGGACCCGCUGCCUCUGAAAACCGCGAAUCUCUACUAAUCGUGGCGAUGAAACCGCUCCAUCCCGGCGAAAUUAUGUAAAUAUAGAAAAUAUCACACGCCAGAACGAAAUACGGAUGCUGUUCAGGCUCUUCCGUCGCAAGGUCGUUUUCAUUGGUUCGUUGGACGCAGUCAAGCUUUCAAGCUUUCCUCGUCAAGGAAGCAAUCGAAGGGAGCAGGAACUUUUUGAUUUUGGAUCCUUUUGGUGAGAUUUACUUUCUGUUAAUUCUAGUCUUCUGGAACUUUAAACGGUCAAACAGUGAACUUGGAGGUCUAAAUAUUGAAACAUUUGGAACUGUAGACACCUAAGACUUUGGAAUUUGAAGAAGCCAAGUAUUUGAAAGUCUAGAUAUUCGAGAAUCUUGUGGAAUUGUGAAAUUCAGGUAUUUAAAAUUCUAGAAACUUCAGGGUUUGAUAUUUUAGCCGCCUAAAUAUCUGUAGCUUUGGAAAGCCAAACGUUUGGAAUUUUCUAGAUGCUUGAAUACUUGGAACUUCAGAUGUUUAAUUGUAAAUUUUAAUGCUCUAGAUAUCUACAUUCUUUUUCUGGAUUUCUCUAAUGAGAAUUGUUUUUAACUAUGUUUGAUCGUUUACUUUUACAAUUUAUUUCAUUAUUUGUCUUCAUCGCUGUCUUAUUCAUUGCUUGUUGUUUUAAUUUUUCAUUAAUUUGGGCAGUUUAUUUAGAUAAAUUGGAUUCUUUAAUGUUUUUAUUCUCUUUUUUUUGUGAUUUACAGGAAUCUUUCGUUUUUAGACAUUUGCUGAGAUGCAUUGCUAAUUACAUUUUUUUUUUUUUCAUUUCUAUUGACCUUUCGUUUUAUAAUUUCUUUCAGCGGUAACCGUCUGCAUUUGUCGCCGAUUACUUUAAUUUUCCGUAAAUCUAGUCUCGUUUAAGUAAAUAUAACUUUUGAGUCUCUUUUUCCUGGCGUGUAUAAAGUGAGAUCAUGAGAAACGACCUCGAUGGAAGAUAUUUACGAUGAUUCGAAAAGAUUCUCGCUGGAAAACCUAGUGAUACCGAUAUCUAAGUACCGUCCUAAAUUCCUCGUUGAUUAGUCAGUGAAUGGGUAGCAUUUAUGUGGAUAAAUCGCACGCAAAGAUGUCUAAAAACAAAACCAAUCCGGAGCAAGUUUGUGAAGAAAGAAGCCAGCAAAAUUUUCCAAAGAAUCUGAAAGAAAUUUGAAAUGUAACUUGAAGCUAGCAAGAUAGAGAAUUUCAUUCGACUAUCAAGAUGAAUGUUUUGACUUUAGACGUCUUGAGAACAACGAGGAAAGACCGUGAACAAAGAGAAGAUCUGAACAGCGUUCUCUCCACCACUUUUGUCAAAUUAAAAAUAAGCGACACGUUAUGGAGAAUAUCGAUGUGGCCGGCACUUGUACAGUUGUUGCUAUAAAUAUAGAAGAUUAGUGUUUUACACCGUAAACUCAUACUUACUGGUCCAUCGAACAGGGAGCAAGGAUUCUUUUCCCUUCAAGGUGAACAAAGAGAAGAAGAAAACGCAUGUUUAAGAAAAGAAAAAAAAAAAAGAAAUAAGAGCGAAAGCUAGAUUGUAGCUCCACCGACGUGUGUAUCAUUGGCCAUUCAAUAUACAUCCACAAGAAUUAUACAUUAGCGUAAUAAGAUUUAUUAAGGUCCAUUCGUAAUAAGGUGUAUGUUAGUCCGUGUCCCUGACGAUACGAGAACCUUUCUGAGUGAAAGCGAUCGAGAGAAAGAGUGAGAUAGAGUGAAAGGUAGGAGAGAAGAACGAAAGGCAGCCAGUUCCCGAAAUGGUCGAAGGAAAACUUAUCGCUGUUCGUUUCGCGGGAAUUAAAUCCUUCGGUCGAAGAGAAACGACUCACGUCCCAUGAAGCGCGUUUAAUCUUUAAGUACCGCGAUAGAGAUCGUUAAUCGAUGGACUACGGAUUUUUAUGCGAAAUUAAAUUGCCUGAUGUAGCUGGUACUUCGAUAAGCGUACCACGAUUUUCUUAGAUUUUUUGAAAGCCUAAAAGAAU